AUGGAAGUCUUCUGUCAAGGGGAUGUGCCACCAUCGUACAUUCCUCGGAGGUUCUAUACACCAUCCGAUCUGGCUAGCCACAGCAAGAACAAUGACUGUUGGGUAGCAGUACAUGGCAGAGUACUGGACCUUACCAACCUCAUGGCCAGCAACAGGUCGGCUCUCAGCACACCCAUUCUCAAGGCGGCUGGCACCGACAUAAGCCAUUGGUUCGAGCUGGACAGCGAGGGACUGCCGACGCCGAAGCUCUUCAAUGACCCACAGCUUUCCGAUAUGAGAGUUCCAUUCUGUCCUACUGGCCGUUACCUUCACAUCCCCACUCCCCUCCCCGACUCAAGCCACCGAGACGAGGCUACUGAUAUUCCGUGGUGGCUCGAUCCACAAUACCAUAUUGGCAGCCUGGCCACAGCAACUCGGAAGAUUGGUCUCCUGAACGUCCUCAUUGGACAGACAUGCAUACUAGAAGUCCCGAUAGAGGAAACUCUAGCAGAGAUUGCUACACGGUACCACGAUUACAAUUUUCACGCAUUGAGCUACACAUGGAAGCGACUAGGCAGGAAGCUGGAUAUGGAGAAGACCUUGGAGGAAAACGGCGUCCCUGACGAGGCGAAUUUGCUGAAGAGCCUCGAUGUCGAUCCUGAUGAGCAUAUUCCCGUACUGCACCUCUACUUCAAUGAUGACCUCACUGAAGCAUAA